AUGGCUAUUGCCAAUGGAUCAAACAAUAUUGUUGUAUUUCAAUCUGGUACAUAUAAUUUUACAUCAGUUAUCUCAAUAGAGUGCGCUGUCAAUUUGACAAUUAUGGGACAAGGAAUGCAACAAACACUUUUACUUGGAAAUUCACCAUCGGCGAUGUUCAAACCAUUUCAUUGUCAAGGACUAACCAUUACUUCAUUAGCCAUUGAUUUCGAUCCACUUCCAUUUACUGCUGGAUAUGUGGUGAGUGCGAACACGAGCUAUCUCGAUGUCCAAGUAGUACCACCACACAAAGCUGAUAUUGGUCGACAAGUACACGCAAUUCUUCAAUAUGAUCCAGUAGAGAUGAGACCAGCCUUUAGUCCAAACGCAUAUGAAAUCUAUCAGACACCACCGUCGAAUGCGAACACUAGUUUGGUCUCACCUGGUAUAUUACGAAUCCCUUUGGCAUCUCCUUCAAUAUUUGUUGCGGGAGAUCCAAUUGUCGCUCGUUAUACUUUUGCAAGGCAUGCUAUUGAUGCUCAAGAUGUAACAGAUUUCACUGUUCAGUCGAUAAUAAUCUAUACAGCUUGGUGUAUGGGCGUAGUCACACUACGGGCAAAACGUUUGAAUAUAAUUGACUAUCAUGUAAUACCGCGUGAUGGACGUUGGAUGAGUGCAUCAGUAGACUGUAUGCACUUUGCAGACAGUAGAGAUUACAUAAACAUAGUCGACAGUAAAUGUGAAGCACAAGGUGAUGAUGGAUUGAAUGUACAUGGAUUUUAUUUCACUGUAGCACAGAUAAUCAAUUCAACCGCAUUGAUUUUUGAAGAGUUUAAUUGGUUUGAUGUACUUAAUGUCGGAGUUGGCACACAUCUAGAAUUUAGCAGCAGUCAACGACAAUUCACAGUCUAUGCAACAGCGACAGUAGCGUCGUCUUCAAUCUAUGGUCCAACUUCACGAUUAUUCACAUUCACCAGCCCCAUCAAUGCAAGUGUCGGAGAUUGGGCUUCUGUUGCUGAUACACCAACAUUGACUAUUAGGAAUUUGACUGUGGCUAAUAAUCGAGCACGUGGUGUUCUAUUAAAGACACGAAAUAUUCAGAUAACAGAUUCAUUAUUCAAUAGAACAAGUGGACCAGCAGUACUGUUUGAGCCAUCAAUGUAUUGGUAUGAAAGUGUUGCGGCACAAAAUGUGACACUCAGUCGAAAUGUCUAUAUCAGUUGCAAUCAAGGCAUUGCGAAACAAAAAGGAGUAAUUUCUUUUGCACCUCUUCCCCGUCAAUUAGUUCCAGUUUUCUCUGACGUUAUUGUGGAGUCAUCAACAUUUCUAUUUGGAGUAUACGGUCAAGGUUUGAUUCAAGGCAACAACGCAGCUAAUGUAUCAAUCAGUGGAAACUAUAUAGCAAUAAACAGCUCAAUAUCAUUGAUUUCAAUCUGUAACAGUCAAAAUAUUUCUGCACAUAACAACACCCUUGUCAAUCAUCAAUUUACAGUUGAUCCAUUUUAUUAUGACAAUGCAAAUCCCUGUCAAACGAAUUUCAGUCGUUUAAUUGAUUUGCCUCUAUCAGGUUUUAACUCAUCAUUUCCUCCACCUGUAACGGUAACAAACUUAGGUGUUCAAGUUAACGUUCAUGAAGCUGUUCCAAAUGCGUGCAACGUUGUAAAUCUUUCGAAGAAUAUUUCUAAUAGUUGUUCACUAUCAAACAUCAUCGGUUGA